UCUGUUGUCACUGCUCGAGCGACACCGUUUCCUUCCCGAACUUUGAACCAUAACAGAUUAUCCAAUCAGAUCGCAGCUUGUUGGGUUGUGCAGGAGAAGUUCGGCUGCUAAAUGCUAAGUCAACAUGUCCUCUACUGAUGGGAAUAAUGCUCCAAGCCAAGCGCCACCUUUUCCUGGAGUCCCUCCAUCAGCAAUACCCCCUCCUUUUAUGGGGCCACCUGGAAUACCACCUCACUUCCCACCUAUGGGAAUGCCACCGAUGGGUCAGAGGCCCCCAAACAUGGCUCCCAUGCCUGGAGGGAUAAUUCCACCACCCAUGAUGCCUCCGUUGGGUGCUCCUCCAAUGGGACAGAUGCCAGGCAUGAUGCCACCGAUGAUGCCGCCAAUGAUGCCACCACGCAUGCCUGCAGCGACGUUGCAGCCGACAGGACCGCCUGGCGUUAGUCCUGUGGAUACAGCUGCUACUGCUGCACCUGGAACUACUACCACAAAUGACUCCCCCCAAGAUGACCAGUCUAAAAAGCAGAAAUCAGUGUGGACAGAGCAUAAGUCUGUUGAUGGUAAAACCUAUUACUACAACACAGAGACCAAGCAGUCGACCUGGGAGAAACCAGAUGAUCUUAAAUCACCUGCAGAGCAAAUGCUCUCUAAGUGCCCAUGGAAAGAGUACAAGUCUGACACUGGGAAGCCUUAUUACUACAACUCUCAGACUAAAGAGUCACGCUGGACAAAGCCUAAAGAACUCGAAGACCUUGAAGCAAUGAUAAAGGCUGAGGAGAAUGGGACGGUGGAUGUCGUAGCUCCUGGCACUACUCCCACUCUCACAGCUCACACAGAUGCAGUGCUCACUGUGCCUGCUGUUCCAGAGGCUGUCUCUACCAUAGCAACAAGCGUUGCUGAAGAACAACCAUCUCAAAUGCCUGUGCAAGGGGGUGAGGGAGGCAGUGAAGUAACCGUGACAUCACCCAAGGACACCCCCACGAUCGAGACACAGGCCAGUAAUGACACAUCUAAAGAAGAAAGACCAGAGCUUGUGAAGAAGGUGUACAAGUGGAACACCAAAGAGGAAGCGAAGCAGGCUUUCAAAGAACUGCUCAAGGAGAAGGGUGUUGCGUCUAAUGCGUCCUGGGAGCAAGCCAUGAAGAUGAUCAUUAAUGACCCUCGUUACAGUGCACUGCCUAAGCUGAGUGAGAAGAAGCAGGCCUUUAAUGCCUACAAGGUUCAGACAGAGAAGGAGGAGAAAGAGGAGGCCAGGAUCAAAUACAAAGAAUCCAAAGAGACAUUCCAGCGCUUCCUGGAGAACCAUGAUAAAAUGACCUCCACCACCAGAUACAAGAAAGCAGAGCAGAUGUUUGGUGAACAGGAAGUGUGGAGCUGUGUUCCAGAGAGAGACAGGCUGGAGAUUUAUGACGAUGUUCUCUUCUACUUGGCCAAGAAAGAGAAGGAACAAGCCAAGCAACUGAGGAAGAGGAACUGGGAGGCACUGAAAAAUAUCUUGGAUAACAUGGCUAAUGUCACAUACCGCACCACCUGGUCAGAGGCUCAGCAGUACCUGCUAGAUAACCCCACGUUCGCUGAGGACGAAGAGCUGCAGAACAUGGAUAAGGAGGAUGCUCUGAUCUGCUUCGAGGAACACAUUCGCGCUCUGGAGAAGGAAGAAGAAGAGGAGAAACAGAAAUCUCUGCUGAGAGAGAGACGCAGACAGCGCAAAAACAGGGAGUCUUUCCAGAAAUUUCUGGAUGAGUUACACGACCACGGCCAGCUGCACUCCAUGUCGGCAUGGAUGGAGAUGUAUCCAACCAUCAGUUCAGACAUCCGCUUCACUAGCAUGUUAGGACAACCGGGCUCUACACCUCUGGACUUGUUCAAGUUCUACGUGGAAGAUCUCAAGGCUCGUUAUCACGAUGAGAAGAGAAUCAUAAAAGACAUCUUAAAGGAUAAAGGUUUCCUGGUGGAGAUCAGCACCAGCUUUGAAGACUUUGGUUCAGUUAUCAGCUCUGACAAGAGGGCCACCACUCUGGAUGCAGGCAACAUCAAACUAGCCUUCAACAGUCUUCUGGAGAAGGCAGAGGCACGAGAGCGAGAGAGAGAAAAGGAAGAGGCCAGAAAGAUGAAGAGGAAAGAGGCAGCCUUCAAGAGCAUGCUGAAGCAGGCCACGCCCUCAUUGGAGCCUGAUGCUACAUGGGAAGGGGUUAGAGAAAGAUUCCUAAAGGAGCCUGCGUUCGAGGACGUCACUCUGGAGUCAGAAAGAAAGAGGAUAUUCAAAGAUUUUAUGCAUGUACUAGAGCACGAGUGUCAGCACCAUCACUCCAAAACCAAGAAACACUCGAAGAAAUCCAAAAAACAUCACAGGAAACGAUCUCGUUCUCGCUCAGGUUCUGAAUCUGAGGACGAUGAGUAUCACUCAAAAAAGAAGAAACGCUCCACAUCAAAAUCUCCCUCAGAGCACUCUUCCUCAGGGGAAUCCGAGAGAAGCUAUAAAAAAUCCAAGAAACACAAGAAGAAGGGAAAGAAGAGAAGACACAAGUCUGCUUCCCCAGAGACUGAUGGAGAAAAGGACAGAAAGGGACGCGAUAAAGAGAAGGAUAAAGAGAACGAUAAGUCUAGAGGGAAGAAUCGUAGUGAAUCCAAACAGAAAUCUCCCAAGAGGAAAGCGCCUAAAGAAGAGGGAGGAUGGGACACGUCAGGCAGUGAACUGAGUGAAGGAGAGCUGGAGAAGAGGAGACGAACUCUUUUGGAGCAGUUAGAUGCACCUUAGACGCCCCGUAUCUGUCUGUCCACUUCACACAGUAAAACCUGCAUUCCUCAUAAUGUUUAUAUGAUAACACACAGUACAGUGAUGCUGUGCAUGGGUAACACUUCACUCACUUUCGAGGACGUGCUCACUGAUGACCGGAAAUCAUCUCCAUCUUUUUUCUGUAGUUUCUCAGGAGAACGCUGUCAGGGUGCAAACCUGAGUCAGUGUACAAACUGGUCAUUUCUGGUGACUGCAGAUCAUUAUGUUCCAAUUUUCCUUUAUGCUGUUUUGUUCGCUUUAUCCCCAAUGUCACAAUUGUUUUAGGUAGUUGUACAUUUAUUUUGUAAUUGCUAAUAGUUUCUCUUAAAAUUAUUGUUUACAGGUGAAAUAAAAACCUUGGGACUUUUCAAAAAUCGAUCAAAAUGAACAUGUUUUACCAGACAGUUGUGAUUGUGAAAAAAAAACUAUUUUCAAAGGUAUUUUAAACAUGCAGUACUCACACAAUAAACUGUAUUAUAUCA